UUUUAUAAAGUUUUCUACAGUUUUCUUUUACCUUCCAGACUACAGCUGCUCAGGACCUACUACUGUCAUAUCUACAGGUGUUAAGUGAGCUUUAACACACUGUCAUGUGCCUGUUGCUCCCUCUGCUGAUAGUGUUGGGGUUGAUCCUUCUGUACAGAUGGUACAGACAAAGUCUGAUACUGGAAAACAUUACAGAUAAAUAUGUCUUUAUCACUGGAUGUGACACCGGAUUUGGGAGCCUACUGGCGAAGAUGCUAGACAAACGAGGCAUGAAAGUUUUGGCAGCAUGCCUGACUCCGCAAGGGGCUGAGAAGCUAAAAGAGGAGACUUCUAGCAGACUACAUACAGUCAUAGUGGAUGUUUCUGAAAAUGAAAGUGUGAAGUCUGCUGCCAAGUGGGCUGCUGAAAUUGUUGGAGAUGCAGGGCUCUGGGGUCUAGUAAACAAUGCUGGUAUUGGAACUGGAUUUGCUCCUAAUUUAUGGCAAACAAAGGAAGAUUUUAUUAAGAUGCUCAAUGUAAAUUUCCUGGGAAUGGUUGAUGUGACGCAGAACUUGGCACAUCUUAUCAUAAAGGCAAGGGGGCGAAUCGUCAAUGUUUCUAGUGCUGCAGGAAGACUAGCCAUGGUUGGAGGAGGAUACAGCCCAUCAAAAUAUGCUACACAAGCAUUCUCUGAUAGUCUAAGAAGGGAGCUUCGUGCUUUUGGGGUCAAAGUUUGCAUAAUAGAACCUGGAGCUUAUAGGACACCAAUAAUUGAGAAAGAUCCUCAUAUUAAAAACAUGCAGAAGCUAUGGAAUGAUCUCCCUGAAAACAUCAAAGAAUUGUUUGGAGAACAGUAUUACCAACAACAUGUCAAGGUUUUAAUGUUACUGCUCAACACGUCCAACCCCAAGAUCCACCAUGUGCCAGACUGUAUGGAGCAUGCACUGACCGCAGUUCACCCCUGGACAAGAUACUCACCUGGCUGGGACAUGAAGUUCUACUACCUCCCUUUAUCCUAUCUCCCUACUGCCAUCUCUGAUUACAUACUGUGUCGCUCUUCACCCACACCGGCUCAAAAACGGGAGUGAUUGCAUCAAUUAUUUUUUUUGUUGGAACAAUAAACUUUAAUAUAAAAUAUCUAAAAAAUAAAAUACUUAAUGUACUGUGACACAGCGCAUGUAUACACUACAUUACAAUACAGUGCCAAUCACACAAUAAAUACAUUCACCCUGCGGUAUGAGACCUAACGCGUUGUGCGGAGCAGAGUUCCCCGAACCAUUACAUCAUGCAUUAUGCUGCUUGCCCCCAAAAAGCAUUGACAAGACACACAACUUGCAGCGCAAUGUGUGACGUGUAAUGCCCGAGUUGAACUCCUGCCCCACACGCCCUAUAUGGCACUGCAAUUAAAACAAGUCAUGCAACAGUCUCAACAUUUCAAAUACAAUUCAAGAAGCAACGGGUGUGAUUUGGGGGGGAGGGGGGGGAAGAAGGAUGAGUGAGGGAAAAUAGUUCACAAGCCUGAAGGAUUAUUGAAAGGACAAAGACACACAAGGGAGAGUGGGGAAAGGGGAAAUCUUCAGACAUCCUCUUCCUUCUUGAUGUCCAUCAGAUUAUAGUCUCUGAGAAGACUAUUAUCCAGUCUUCGACAGUCUUCAAUGGACGUCUUCUCCUGCUGAGGGAUGAGGCGCUUUUUGGUGCACCAUAAAGCAUCCUUAAAGCAAUCACCUGCCAGGCACCUGCCAUCCUUAAAGAAAUCACCUGCCAGGCACCAUCAAUGUCCCCUUGAGAAAAUGUCCUACAGAAUAGUCCAUUCAGUACACCAAAGUGUGUGAUGGCUGUCUGUGACACAAAGACCUUGAGCUCUGGUUCCAAGGCCCUCAACAGGUUCUGAGCAAAGAGACACUCCCAGAAAACAUGUAGAGCAGUUUCCACCUGGAUGAUGCAAAAAAGGGCAGUGCCCGUAUCUGCUCAGAUUUCUGGCAUGCAUACCCUGUAAAUGUCCUGAGUGGCAACCCCCCUUGAGUGAUUGCAUCAGUAUUCUCAAUGAACUAAACAUAUACAUAUUGGGCCAGAUUCACAAAAGAGAUACGACGGCGUAUCUCCUGAUACACCAUCGUAUCUCUGAGAGUA